AUGCCACAAGCAUAUCAAACACGAACUAGUUUUGUUGGAAAUACGAUGACAAGACCAGCAUCGGCAACCGGUAAACGCGGUGGUCGGCGCCCAAAGGAAUACGAAGAAUAUGAUCAUGUGACUUUGAGCGAGGAAGAACGAGAUAAACGUGAUAAAAGACGCCUGCGAAAUAAGGAAGCAGCGGCAAGAUGCCGACAGAGACGUCUUGAUCUUAUGGGUUCGCUGCAAAAUCAAGUGAACCAACUGAAGGAAGAAAAUAAAAUGAAGGAUGCAAAAAUUGCUGAAUUACAGCUGUUGAAAAAUGAGCUUAUCGCUGUGAUUCGGGAUCAUCAUUGCGUCUUGCCGGAAGCUCUUCGUCAGACGUUAGAUGUCGACAUGUCCAGCACUCAGCAAUACAUGCCACGUGGUGCGCCGGCACCAGUAGUAACUGUACCAACCAGUACUGAAAUUGCACCUUACACACAGUCUGCUCAAUCACCACAACCAGUGCUUAAUAGUCGAAAGCGACCAGCCAGUGCGAUGAUACCGGAUCUCAGGCAACCGCCACAAUCACAACCGGGUGCAUCACCGCUAACAGCUGUGACGCUGAACAGAAAUGAUAAUCAAACCAGUAUAUUGACAUUGACAAAGCCUUCUUCAAUGCAAAUAAAACAAGAACCGACGUUAUUCGAUGUUAAUGGACGUGAUUUACCAGAUGAAGAGAUCAAACGUCCGACAUCAUUAACAUUCGCGGAUGGUGUCACCACAACGACAACUUAUAGUUCGUUGAGCAGCUCUGGUGUACCCAUCACAACGCCAUCAAAUUUGAUUGGUGGAGCAACAUCAGACUUCGGUGGUGUCAAUUUAUUGGAUGGUCCAACUGGACUGACACCUUGUCAUCCACCGCAAGCAACCGCAUUUCAGCUUCCAAGUAUGACAGCUCCACUCGGUGAAGGGCGCAGCUUUGAAACAUUGUGA